UCUGUGCUCAUUGUAACUAAAAACUUACACAAAAAUACCAAUUUCAUUUUUUAUUAAUUCAUAAAAAGAAGUAAAUUAUGGCAAUUACAAAUUUAAUCAUCACAAUUAUUUUAUUAAUUUCUGUUUGUUAUGUUUCAACAACCGAUGAUAGAAUAGUUGGUGGUCGCCCUGCUUUAAUUGGCGAAAUCCCAUACCAAGUAUCCAUAAGAAGAUCUUACAACGAUCGGCAUUUUUGUGGUGGUGUUUUAAUCACUUCAAAACACAUUUUAACAGCAGCUCAUUGUAUGUAUUACAUUUGGGGGGGAUUGUUACCCCCGCUCGUGAUCAGUGCUGUUUUUGGACAACUCAAUCUUCCAAUUGAAGAAAAAAGUGUUUAUAGAAACGCUUCAAAGAUCGUGAUUUAUCCAUCGUUUAUCCGAAAAACAAUGUCCGAUGAUUUAGCCAUCAUAGAAGUAAAUGAAGAGUUACCCAUUGGGAAAAAUCCUUUGAUCAACACUGUUUCUUUAAGAAACGAAAAAUUAGAGAGAGGGAAAUGUUUUGUUAGUGGAUGGGGGGUUGAAGAAUAUAAUACAACAACAAUAAGUAAAGAUUUAUUACUUGCGGAAGUAAAUCUUAUUGAUUUUGAUGUGUGCCAAAAGAAGUACGGAAAUAUAUCUCUUUAUGAUGGAAUGUUGUGCGCAGGGCAUGUUAAUGGAACAACUGAUGCUUGUCAAGGUGAUUCUGGUGGUCCACUUAUAUGCGAAGGUCUCCUAACUGGAAUCGUUUCAACGGGAAGCGGUUGCGGAUCCGCGGAUUUUCCAGGAAUUUAUACGGAAGUCUCGAAAUAUUACGACUGGAUAAUUAACGUUACAACUUCGAAUUAUAAACCGACGAGUUUAUCUCAAAAUCAGCAAUCAUUUGAUGGAAAUAAUGAAUUUUUAACAAACAAAGAUUUUUAUAGCAACAAAUCAUAUGCCGCCACCUAA